AUGCUAUGGUCUCUUCGUCGGCCACCCUUCACCAUGGCCCUACCCUCUAGGCCCCAGGCCUACACCUGCGCUCGCUGCUUGGUGCUCGCAAGCGCCAGGCGCACCUUCUCCGUUUCCUCCUUCGCUCGAAUCCCACCGAGGCAAACACAAGACUUCAACUCCGGCUUCACUAGUAGCUAUGAUCCCGCUUCCGAUGCUGGCCGAGGUCCCAUGUUCAACAAAAACAGCUUCGGCGUCCCUCAGUUUUACCCUCGGGACCUGAAGAAGCGGGUCGAUGACUAUGUCGUCGGGCAGGACCGAGCGAAGAAGACGAUAUGCUCCACAAUCUUCAAUCAUUAUCAGGGUCUGCGGAGGAGGAGGUACCAGGAUCAAGAGGAGAAGGUCCAGAGGGAAAAGGCCGAGAGACAGCGAUAUGCCCGGGACAGAGACAUCCUCGAGAGACGUGAAAUCCAUCCUGCCCAAGGUCAGCGAGAUCGUUACUCUGCCUUCCAGCGCUUCCCAGCUGAUGAUGAAUGGCCACAAGAUGAGUUUCCUGGUCACGCUGAAUCUGCACAGCACCUGGAUGAGGGCUAUAGUUCUUCCACCGGCUUUGACGGGUCUUACCUGUCCGAAGAACCCGCAACCCCUCCGAAGGUCAAGAUUGACAAGAGUAACUUGCUACUCAUCGGCCCUACCGGCGUCGGAAAGACGUACAUUCUAGAAACUUUGAGCAAGAAGCUCAAUGUGCCGUUCACGAUAUCCGACUGCAACUCCUUUACACAAGCCGGUUAUAUAGGGCAGGAUGUGGAGGCAUGCGUAGAGAGGCUGUUGAUCGAGUCCAACUACGACAUCAAAGCAACCGAACACGGCAUCAUCGUUCUGGAUGAGUUCGACAAACUGGCCAAGAGGGAAAGCAUGAACGGCCGGGAUGUUGGUGGAGAAGGUGUCCAGCAAGCCCUACUGAAGCUCGUCGAGGGUUCCAAGGUGACCAUUAACGUCAAAGACAACCGGUCUUCGCGAUCAACACCGCCCAUCACUACCAACUACACGUCAUCGAGCUCGACGUCGGCCCCGCAGUCCACUCCGCCGCAGGGGAAGGUCGACCAAUACACCAUUGAUACCACGAACAUCCUGUUCGUCUUCUGCGGCGCCUUUGUUGGUCUCGAUAAAGUUGUCGUGCGGAGAGUUUCGAAGCCGUCGAUGGGCUUUGGCUCCGAACUGCGAGGCAAGCAGAGCCUUUCCGGCAACCAUCACGAUCUACCGCGCCAGUUGUUUUCGCAUCUGCCGCAUGUUGACCCGGAAGCGCCCGCAGCAACGUACACCCCAUUGGAUUUGACAACGCCGGUCGAUCUCCAAGCCUUCGGGUUCAUCCCUGAGUUGAUUGGCCGAGUGCACAACAUUUGUGCUUUAAGCCCGUUGUCCCUGAGUGAUCUCUACCGGAUCCUGACAGAGCCACGAAACUCGCUAGUUGCGCAGUACACCGCAUUGUUCGAAACCUACCCUUCCCGCUUGCACUUUACCAAGAAAGCAUUGUAUGCCAUUGCCGAACGAGCUGCCAAAGCCGAGACUGGAGCUCGCGGCCUUAAGAUGGAAAUGGAACGUGUCCUCGCGGAGCCAAUCUUUGACGCACCUAUGCCGUAUGUCUUGAUCACCGAGGGCUGCGUGAAAGGCAUUGAGAAGGCCGGAUACUGGGGCAAGGAUGGCCGCCUGGAGUUGGAGCGAAAGAUGGCGGACGAGGACGCAGAGCAAAGCGCUCGCAUCCCCGACGUCACCUUUGAGCAGUACCGAGAGGCCGGCCAGAGCGGCGCUUGA